AUGAGCACAAAGGAAUAUAUUCGAUACUUCCUAUUGCGCAUCAUCGAUAAAUUAAUAAAAGUGAUUGAAACGGAACUGAAUGCUAUCGGUGCUUAUAAAAUUAGUAUGCCGAUACUGGGUGCGAAAGAAAUGUGGCAAAAAGCUGGUCGAUGGAGCGCUUUCGAAUCGGAAAUGUUUCAUUUGAGUGACAAAACGAAUCAGAUUUAUUGUCUUCAGCCAACUCAUGAAGAAAUGGUAACAAAGUUGGUUGCCGAACAAGGUGAAUUAAGACAAGCUGUUUAUCCGUUAAUGCUUUAUCAAAUGGGGCCAAAAUUUCGUGAUGAGACAGUUGUUGGACAUGGAUUUCUUCGCAGUAGAGAAUUUUUGAUGAACGAUUUAUAUUCUUUUGAUCUGACGGAGCAAAAUGCUUCAGAUACUUACAGUCUCGUUAGUAAAACGUAUCAACGAAUAUUUCAUGAUCGCCUCGGCAUUAAUUUUUAUAUUGUUCGAGCCGAUGCUGGAAACAUCGGUGGUGACAUGUCACACGAAUAUCAUUUACCGUGUAAGACAGGCCGCGAUAGUAUUGCUUACUGUUCAAAAUGUAAUUUAGGUAUGAAUCAUGAUCUCUUGAAACGUGGUGAAAAGCCUUGUUGUUGUAGCAAGGAAUAUAUUUCGAUUGUUGAAACGAUUGAAAUAGCUCAUACAUUUCAGUUGGGGGAUUUGUUCACUAAAAAAUUUGGGGCCAAACAUGAUAAUCAACCACUGAUAAUGAACUGUUUCGGAAUCGGCAUUGGUCGUUUGAUAGCAGCUAUAAUUGACUCAAUGUCACCCAGUACAAAAGCUCUUCGUUUGCCGUAUGCAUUGGUCCCUUUUAAAGUGGCCGUUAUUCUGCCAAACAAAACUCAGUCCGAAACGAUGGAAUUUGCUGAAAAUAUUAUCGGCCAUCUCAGUCAAAUAUCAUCUGUACAAAAUGAUAUUUUUGUUGAUGAUCGACUAGAUAAUUCAAUUGGAAGGCGACUGCUUACGGCUGCAAAUCUAGGAAUUCCUCACAUAUUCGUAGUUGGAAAUCGGACUGCUCGGACGUUGAAUAACAAUCCAGUCGUGGAGUAUUAUAGAACAGAAGCUUAUAGUGAUGAACCGAUCAGUGUUGGGGAUCUUGAAUAUGAUGAAAUAUCAAGAUUUAUUGCAAAGCUAUAA